CAAAAAGUGGAUAAUCUGUGGUCAGCCAUAUUUUUUUAUACGUUUUAUUCACUCUACGAGAUAAUUUUAUUGUAUUUUGUGUUUGCUUUUCCGUUUUAUUCAAUGGAAAACAUAUGGCAAGAAAUGUUUUCCUAGUAUUUAUCACCGACAUGAUAUUAUUUCUGUUUAGAAUUACUUAUUAUAAGUUUAGAGCUUAAAAUCAUGUGGGGGUCAAGUUUAUAUUUUGCCCUUUUUCUAUACAGUUGUUUGCAUUUUGUCGCUGGAAACAAGCAAGACUUCUCACAAUUAUGCCAAGAAAAUAUACAGAGAACUCUUAGAUGCAGUACCCAGCUAACCGGACCAGAUGGAGAAAUGGCAGACUCUGACAAGUGCAAAGUGGAAUAUUAUGCGUCUGACAGUGCGGAAUGCAGAACCAUGAAUUUUGGACCGUUCAAAUCGGACAAACCUUUUAACGCAGACAUUGGCGGUGUGAGCCUCAGACCUUACGUUGUGGAUGCCCACGGACAGAAGAACUUCAAUUAUACUGUGCUUAAUAUUACCUUUACCAAUAUUAAGUGGAAAACCAUGAAGUUUCGCUUCCACGAUCCGAACCGUUCGAACAGCUACCACUGCCGGAACAUCGUGAUAUCGAACGACGUGACCAUCGACGACCGUUCAGUGCUCUAUUACGACUGCUACUGGUCGUACACUGAUGGGAGCUACAAUGGAAGCAGUCACUUCCUCGACUUUGAAGCCUCAGACGACACAAGCACCAAUAGGGGGCAGUAUAUCUUCAACAUACCUAACAUGCAGACGCUUAGCACAACAGUAACAGAGAACGAAUGGAAACCGUUUCUCUACAUAGAAAUAUUGUCGAGCGUCUUACGACUCCAUAUUAUGCCACCGCCGCCGCAAGUCAACAUCACCGGUUACAAAAUAGAAGUUAGAAGGGGCUGCAAUAAAGGAAGCCUAGAUACAUGCAACGAGCAAGUCAUCAAAACAGUAAAUUUUACAUUGAAGGACAAAGAUGAGGAGAUGACAUAUGAUUAUUACUUCUUAAGGAGUCCAGGAUCCCAUUAUUUUGUUGUCACCCCACUGCAUGAUGGGUGCAGCGGUUUUGAGAGCAGAUGUCAAGCUAUUACAAGCCCUAGGAUUAGUAUUACCACGGACGAACAGAAAACGUUCAACAUUUGCAUAGCCAGCGUGACGGCCCUGGUAGUAGCGUCGCUGUUCGCGUACUAUAUAGUGCUGCGCUUCAUAAGGAGAUACUGGUGCAAAGAUUACACGGGAAUGUAUAAAGCAAACGAAAUCCCACCACCUACGAAAGUGCUCGUCAUCUAUCCACCAGGCAACCGUCUUCACGCCGAGUGCGUCGUCUCCUUCGUUUCGUACUUGCGUUCGGAACUUGGCUUCGAUAUUAUGUACGACGGUGAUAUAAUAAACAUCUCCCAUAGAGAUCCAUUCCUUUGGGCUAAAGAAGCCUUCGAUCUAGCCUCCCAUAUUGUAUACGUAGUGGGCCCAGCAGAUGAAUCAAAUUUUUACAACAACAUCUAUGAGAAACAGAUAAUACCAGCCCACAAGAACGUUGAUAUCCUCCUAUUAAAUAUGGUGAAAACCAACCGAGGAACGAGGAAUCACAAGAGUCUCUCAAACAUAUACUUCGAACACUCAAACGGCCAGGUACCUAUAGAGAUGAAGCAUUGCAAGUCUUUCUUCCUACUCAGAGAUUGGAAGAAACUGAUAUCGUAUCUGUCUAAGAAUUUGAUACCGGAGAAGCAAAUAUCGCGUACGGAGAAGGGUAGGUACUUCUUGGAAGACCUGUCCAGGGCCAAGAAACUGUUGAGCGGCAACCGAGAGGACGUUAUAGUUAGAUGCGAAAAGAUGAAUUCGUUCGAAAAGAAAAUUCUCGUGUAAACACACAAACGGUAUAUGAUUUUGGAUAUUAAAUAUUUACUAAACAGCGUAACUGACGAUGCUGUUGUCGAAAUUGUCGAAAAUAUCGCAUCAGUUUUGGGGUUGUUACUUCAAAUCAUGUAACGUUACGCCGUGUAAUAUCUGUACUAUUUCGUGUUAAACCUGACGACCUACCAUGAAAUGUUUUUCGAAAUUUCGGAGCCGAACGGAACAGAAAUUUGUUGUUAAAAUUACAUAAUACAUGCCGUUUGGAAAUAUUAAAAAUGUUAAAAUAUUGUUCCUUUGGACUUUUAUGAUAGGAUGUAAGAAGAACGAAAUGUUAAACUCCAUUUAUUGGUCCGAUUUUGCUAUAAACAAAAGCACGAAAUUGAGUCCGAAAUUUCGGAAUUUCAUUUCAUAGUAGACCCGCUGUUUCAAAUAAGAGGAGGUUCUUUCGAAUUCCUUUUUUUUUUGUGUCUAUUACACAAAAUGCCUGUUGUGAUUUUAGAUCUUGUUUUUUUAUCAAUAAGGUUUACUCUGGUGUGGGCCUGAUACUACAUUUUUUCAAUAAACAAUUUAUUAAGUGAUUACAUCAAAUAAUUUACACAGUCAUUGUGUUUGAUGAUGAUCUUAGAAAUUUACCUGUUAGAUUUUAUAAUUAUAUAUUUUAUUUGACACGAACUCACAGAAUGUUACGUGAGUGUUGAUAACAUAUGUAUAGAAAGGUAAUAAAUUAAGCUGUGAUGGCAAUGAUGAAUCGGCAUGUAGCGCUGUAUGUCAUCGGACAAUUGGAUAUCAGUUCACUUUGUAUUAUAUUAUUGAUUAAGCAGAGGUAAUAUCGCCUCAAAUCUUACGUUUACAUUUUGAAUAUUUGAUAGUCCGGUCGCUGAAUAUAAAAUACUUUGUUAAGAUUGUCUUUUUUUAUUUCAGUCUUCAAAAACAAUUUUGGAUAAAAUAUGUAACAGAUAUAACAUAUUGCAAAGUAAAAAAAAAAAUAUUUUGCAUAAUAUUGAGUAAUGAAUGGGCUUAAAUUACAGAAUUAUUUCUGCAAGUGUAUUUAAAUUGUUUAAAAUGUCAAGUCCAAAAUAACGGGUGCACAGUAAGGAUCUUGUUGUAAUGGCUAAAAGGUUAACAAACUCCAGUGAUGAUGGUUACUGCAGUUGAGCAAGAAGAGCGGUAAUUAAUUUAUACGAGAGUGACUGAGACAAAUAAUUAUUGACGAAAUUCUUUAUGAUUUGCAAAUAGCAGAUUUGAGUGAUACAAUAUCUAUGUAUCGGUCCAAUAUCCAUACAAAUAUAUAUAUAUAUAUAUACCGAACUAUGUGUUGGAUAUCAAUGGUUUGCUAUCGUGAGAUAUACUGAAUUUUAAGGCUUCACUAAAAAGUAAUUAUAAAUUGCUAGCGACCCGUCCUGACUUUGCACUGAUUCAAAUUGCACCCACAAACUUGUAAAAAAAUUUAAUUGACAAUAAUACUGGUAGAAAUAGACAGACGAAGACAGCACCUUUGUUAUGGUAUUGAAAUGAACACUCAAAUAUUGAAAUAUUAAUAAAUACACUGUGGUUUCUCAGUAUCAUACAAAUACGCAUCGUAUCGGUUUCAAACGAUACAUAGAUAUUGUAACUAUAUAGUUAUGUUAUUUAAAUUAAAGCGACCGGACAUUAUAUGGCAUGAUAAUAUCUCCCUCUUUCCAUUCUGCGCACUUUAGUAAAGACUGCGUUAUGGACCAUUGUAUACACGUUAUGUACAGUUGUUUGAGGUAUCCGAUCCUUGUUAGUUGUUGUGUCUUGACUAAAGUGUGUACUGAUUUUGCUCAAUCACAUCUCUUGUAUAGUGUCAGAGGUAGAAGCCAAUCUAUGCAAUAGUCGUACAUUAUAUACUUACUCGAUAACAGUUAAGUUUCAGUAUUUUGUACCUUAGGGUAAAUAUGAAAUAAAGAUCAAAAUUAAAUGUUAAUAUUAUUAUUGUGAACAAUAUAUUUAGUUAUAAUUGUUGUUGGUGUCAUUUAAAACCCAGUAUGUGCUUAAAAUCUUAGAUAUGUCUUGUAAGUUUUUCAAAAAAAAUGUUAUAUUAAUUUUUAAUACUUUGCUAAUAUUGUCUUGUGUAUUGAAGUUGGUAGAAUUAUUAUUGUUGAUCACUAUUUUUAUGAGCACAUUCCUAACUUUGUUGCACUUUGGAACAUUUCUAUUUUGGCCUUCGACAUUCCCUAACCGUAUUUAUAAAUGGAUGUGCCAUGUACAUUUUCUUAUGAGAUUGUAUUAUGUAUAAGUUUUUUUUUUAAGUACUAAUAUAAAUUUCUUGUUCUUCAAUUAAUUAGUAACAUUAUCCGAUGCUCGUAUGGUUGCAUUUAACAUCUAUAAUUCUAUAAAUUGAUGAGCGAUGGAAAAGUCUAAAAAUUGUAAGCUGAGAAAGGAAUGUAGUAUUUAAACAUUGGAGUCGAAAUAAAAAGGAAUAGGAUAUAUAGAAAUAAGGUAGGCACGUUAAUAUAGGUAAUUAAAGCGAGGGUGAAGUAAAGAUAGCUGAUCCAUCGUGACGAAUUCACCAAGACGGUUCCCAAGGGUAGGGGAUCAGGUACUGGUCCAUUAUAUUUAGGUUUUGAUAUUAAUUAAAGGCAUCGAUACGAGGUAUCGGAUCUAGAAUAUUGUUUCAGUCACACAUCAAUGUGUACCUACCUUUACAAAACUAUUACAUGUUUAUAAACUGAUCUCAAUUUGAAAAUAAUGUUGAAAUGUGUUCUAUCAUAAUACAGGACUUUCAAUUAAUAAACUGUAUACCCUAUUAUAAUGUAUUUUUGUAAUAAACUCAUAAAUAUAA